UGCCUGACUUCAUCUUCAAUACCUAUUUUUCUGGUCUAAGAUAAGAUAAGAUUGUUGGGCUGCGUUCAAAACCAAGAAAGAUGAUCCAAGAAGAUGGAAUUCAUUCGUUGGCAAUUGCAUGCAGAUUGUUAAGGUUUAUUGUUCCUUUUGUAAUCCCUUUGUGCAAUGGUUUAGCAGUGUUCAGAACAUUUGCAGGCCAAAUAUGGAUAUUCUUCGCUGACCAAAGUCAGUUUUUGUGUGAUUCCAUAUUGGAGGAGGUUGCUGAAGAGCCUGGGAUUUUGGGUCCUUUACGUGAUAAUUGUUCUUCAAAAGAUAAUGCCUUUACUUCUAUAAAUAUAGAAGAAAAGAACAGUGAAGAAGUAGCAAAAGAUGUGAAUUCGACAGUUACGAGGAGUCAAGUAAGAGCUCCAAAGAAAAUUGUUAGCUUUAAUGAGAGUGUAGAGGAAAUACUACCAAAUAGCUCGAGAAGGAUAAAGACGCCUGGUUCGAGUUGUACACUACAAUGCCAGAAAGAGGAGGCUAAACCCUUGAAGUCCAUUCUCAAGGUGGGUUCUAAAAUAUUUCAAAAAGAAAUUAUCAUCUGUAAUUAGAGAUUCAAAAGUCAAUUUGUUCGAGAUUACGGUUACGAUAUGUUUUCUACCCUCUAUAUUAAAUCUAAGGUUCAUUACCGAAGCUAACGUAAAUAAUAAAGAGAA